ACGUGGGACAACAGGCUCGGGGGGCUGCCGCGUGCCGCCGCCCCCAGCACCGCCGUCACCACCACCACCACCGCCGCCACGCCCUUGCCACCCAUCCUCGCUCCUGUAGAAGACAUUGAAGGGGUGUGUUUGUUUAGGGUCUGCGUGGCUGUGCGUUGGGUUGCUUCUAGUGGUCGCGGCUUCCUCCUCCUUCGGUAUCAUUACGGUUCGUGAGGAGUCGUCCAACACCUUUCCGAUGCUGCUGACGAGGCUCGUACAGAACCUUCCCGCCUUCACGCAAGACCUGAUAGCCUACAACCCCACCCUCUCCACCCGAUCCAGAAGCUCCAAGAAACUGAAUGUCGGCAACACGCACCCGCCCGCCCCGAGACUGCAGUGCUUCGAUGGGCUGGGCUGCCUAACGACGGGAGAAGACUUCUACAAUGAACGCUACCGCGCCAUCAACGUCAGGGCGGAGCCGCGGGAGGUGGUGAACGUGACCUUCGAAGUACACACGCGAGACCAACCGGAGGGCUUCUCAAUCUCAGCGCUGGACCUGUCUCGCCUGGGCUCCUCCUUCAACCCAAAGCGGCCCACCAAGUUUGUGAUCCACGGCUUUCUCAACGGACGGGAUAUGCCCUGGCUGGAGGAGCUGAUAGACGCGCUGCUGGAGGUCGGGGACUACAACGCGAUCUAUGUGGACUGGACGGGCGGCUCCCUGGGUCUGUACAGUCAGGCGUCGGCAAACUCUCGGCUGGCGGCCCUCGAGAUCGCGAACUUCAUCAAGCACACCUCCAUCAACCCCGCAGACGUGCACCUCAUCGGCCACUCCCUCGGCGCGCACCUCGCUGGAUACACCGGGGAGCGCGUGCCUGGCCUCGGCAGAAUAACAGGACUUGACCCCGCCGAACCAUUCUUCCAAAACAUGCCUCCCAGCGUGCGCCUCGACCCCUCAGACGCCCUCCUCGUCGACGUCAUUCACACCGACACCCUUCCCUUCACCCUCAGCGGCGGCUACGGGCUGGAGCAAGCAGUGGGCCACCUCGACUUCUACCCCAACGGAGGCAAACACCAGCCGGGAUGCCAGCCACCGCUCGAAGCCCCGAUUAGGUGGCUGAAGCAGGGCCGGAACUUCCCUUCAGUGUGGGAGGCAGUGGAGGACGCGCUGGGCUGCAAUCACAUCCGCGCAGUCGAGCUCUUCCGCGACUCGAUCCGUAACCGCUGCCCCUUCGUCGCCUACCGCUGCUCCUCCUUCCAGGCCUUCCUCAGCGCCGAGUGCUUUUCCUGCGAUGAAGACGGGAGUGGGUGUGUACCUCUUGGUCUACAUGCGGACACGUGGACAGGUAUUGCGUCAUCCCGUAACAACAACAACAACGGUAUUGCGUCAUCCCGAACUAACAACAACAACAACAACACCCUGAGGAACACGUGGCUAGGGAGGGCGACCACCACCACCACGGGGAAUCGGCUGUACCUCGUGACGGGCCCCCGGGACUCCCCCUGUGUGUUCCAUUACCAAGCUCUCCUGGAGGUGGGAAGGAGCCAGAGGGAGACGGUGGGUGGCUUUCUGGAGCUGUCCAUCCUCGUCCCCAAUGACAAGCCUGUCCGAUUUGACCUAACCCCCGAGUACCCCCAGACGAUUCAACCCGGACAGUCUCGCACCUUUGUACUGCAACACUCUGCGGACCUGGACACAGCAGUGGGUGCCCAACUAACCUGGACCUGCUACCACCCACGCAUGUGUUACUCCGGCCCCUCGCCCACCAGGCUCACCCUCCGCAGCAUAGAAAAGUCCAGUCUGAGAAGGCAAGGCCGUCUGCUGGGCCAAGAGCCAUCAGGGAUUACCUUCUGUGCCCGUGAGGAGGCCCCAAUGCAGAGUGGAGUGACCAAGCAGUUCCAGUUGUGCCAUAUACCCCACCAUCAACCACGGCAGACUACCUUGCGAGGUUAGCUGUUGAUGAUACCAAAGAAUGUGAUUGUUGUUUCUAUGUGAUUUUAGUUUUUUAGUGUACCAACAAUUAGGUGAGGCCUAUUGUUUGUGUGGCUCAUUUCUUUAUGCCAUGAAAUAGAGACGCUACUCAGGUUUAUUCGCAGAAAAAAUUGUGAAUGUGCUUUCUUGUGCUCCUCAGCCCAAGACAUUAGGUACAAAGGCAGAGAUUUUAUUCUCUGCCCUAAGCAGUCUCUAUUAUUCAUCAUACAUAGUUCAAGUGUUCUUCACUGUGGCCAAAUUAGCAGCCUACCCAUCCAAUGUAAUGUAUAUACAUGUUCAAAUGAUAAGGUUGAAUUGUGGUGAUGAGCGGCUGUGCCUGCUAUUUUAAUAAGUCUUACUAUAAGUUUGUAAAAGACAAUAAACUCUGUUUUUACUGCUUCAUAUCUCUGACAUGACUUUUAUGAUAAUUUUACUUAAAGACUUUUCAUUGAUUAGAAAUUAAUUAUUAGAAUGAAACUAUACAAAGGAAUCGAUGAGUUGAUCCCAUUCCAAUCCAUUUUCAAGGAGUUGUUUGAUGAUGAUAAUUACUGUGGAUACCAAAUUAAAGCAAAUGUGAAUGUUUCUUGGUGUCUGACAAGUUGGUGCCAGGAAUUUCAAAAUCUUUGAAUUAUUUAAAAUCUAAUUCAGUUUUGAGUGGCAUCACCGUGAGAUCAGGUCCAGAGAGUGCCACCUUAUCCUACCAGUAAACUGUUGCUAUACU